CAAGAAUAAAUAAUACUAUGAGUGAUGGUUGCAUAUAUAUUUUAGCGUAAUAGAAAUGUCUUAUAAACUCGAAACCGACGACGAACGACAAGUGGACGCGUACUGGCAGCAGGUAGGCGGGUCGUUCAACACGAGUGUCCAACACCCGUCGACACGACGACGAGUAUAUGGUCAAAGCAUUUAGCUCUCACCAACAUCCACAUCAAGCACUGCCAUAUGACCUCGUGCGGGCGACGCCGGAGGGCUGCAACUGGUCGCGACAGACAUCGCCGGCGAAGUUACGUGAAAGUGGCAAAACAACGGGGGCAGAUGCGCAGCUGAGUGCGCGAGUGCGGGCCCACGUCCGAGGGGACAAGGCGCACGAGUUGCUCUGCCACUUGCUUCGAGUGAAUCCCGCGGAGAGGGGGACUGCCGACCAAGUGCUAAGCCAUGCUUUCUUUGACCAACGAGAUGAAAACCUUAGUCUAGUAUCGGGAACAGUUCAAACCAUCCUACGCACCCAGCAACGGCGCAGACAAUGAUGGACGCAGCAGCCCAACAAGUCUCGACGUUCGAGUCAAGUCAGUUGGUCGCCACCGUGCAAGUGGUCGGCCGGGCUGUUGUCGAUGCCAUGUUCACUCGCGACUCGGACACUUCACGUUGAAGAAAAUACGAGGUUGCUGUGCCACUACUACGUACAGUACAGUACAGUACCCACGAUAACUUUUUCAAUAGUGGUUGAAUAAUGGCUAGUUUAACCCACGAAUGACGAAGUACUGGUUGCCUUCUUGACGGUGGGCGAUCGCCUUGCGGA